CAACUGUACCUAUCCUCCGCCUCAACUCUCCCUCCCCCCUUCACUACUCUCAGCCGGGAAAAAUUCUUGAUUCAUCUCGACAGAGAGAACCAUGCCGGCAAAACAGAGGACGCCGAAGGUGAACAGAAACCCUGAUCUGAUCAGGGGAGUUGGAAAAUACUCGAGAUCCCAGAUGUACCAUAAGAGGGGUUUGUGGGCAGUCAAGGCCAAGAAUGGAGGCGUUUUCCCCCGCCACGAUGCUAAAUCAAAGGUCGAUGCUCCGGCGGAGAAGCCACCGAAGUUCUAUCCAGCUGAAGAUGUUAAGAAACCUCUUGCUAACAGGCGCACGCCAAAACCUACCAAGCUCAGAUCAAGCAUCACACCAGGGACUGUGCUGAUCAUCCUUGCUGGUAGGUUCAAGGGCAAGAGAGUUGUUUUUCUGAAGCAACUUCCCUCUGGUUUGCUUCUUGUGACCGGACCUUUCAAGAUCAAUGGUGUUCCUUUAAGGUGUGUUAACCAGGCCUAUGUGAUCGGCACUUCCACUAAGGUUGACAUUUCUGGAGUCACCCUUGAUAAAUUCGAUGAUAAGUACUUUGGCAAGGUUGCUGAGAAGAAAAAGAAGAAGGGAGAAGGAGAGUUCUUUGAGGCUGACAAAGAGGAGAAGAAGGAUAUCCCACAAGGGAAGAAAGAUGACCAGAAAGCCGUGGAUGCAUCUUUGAUCAAAGCCAUUGAAGCAGUUCCAGAGUUGAAGAUUUACCUCGGAGCAAGGUUUUCAUUGAAACAAGGAAUGAAGCCCCAUGAGCUUCUUUUCUAGGUUUCAUAACCUUUUUUGAGUCUUCAGAGUAUCUGUCUCCCGAAGUGUUUCACCUUCUUAAUGGUUGUUUUGUUCUUGUUCACUGAUCAGAAACAUCAAAUUUUUGUCUUAUACCUUCUAUAUUUUCUGUUUUUACAUAUGGAUAAACUACUGAACUUUUUUUCAAUAGAGACUUAAAUUAUGUUA